UGUCAAUUGUCAAAAUGAUUGUCACAAAUAAUGAAAUUACUAAACAUUAAACAAUUGUCGAUCGUAUAAGUAGCAGUGCCGGUAAUUUAUUCAGUAUUUAGUUGCAAUACUACGUCUGGAAUACGCACACUCACAAGGAGGCGGCAAUUUCUUUAUUAGUAAGUCCAAAGUGACUUGCAGAUAUGUUUGGAAAAUAUUUUGUUUUAUUUAUGGCUCUGACGGCAACAUGCGCAGCCAGUCUUAUGAGGGUGCCUCUGUACCGCAUGAAGACCGUCCGGGAACACUUCCACGAAGUGGGCACGGAGCUGCACAUGGCCCGGAUCAAGUAUGCCACCGGUGGGCCUGCUCCUGAACCUCUCUCCAACUAUUUAGAUGCUCAAUAUUACGGUCCCAUUUCGAUCGGGAACCCUCCCCAGACUUUCAAGGUGGUGUUCGACACCGGUUCCUCCAAUCUCUGGGUUCCGUCCAAGAAAUGCCACUACACUAACAUCGCCUGUCUUCUCCACAACAAGUAUGACAGCAGCAAGUCCAAGUCUUAUCAUAAGAACGGCACGGAGUUCGCCAUCCACUACGGCUCCGGCUCCCUGUCAGGAUUCCUCUCCGUCGAUGACGUCACCCUGGGUGGAAUGACGGUGAAGUCGCAGACGUUCGCGGAGGCGAUGUCGGAGCCGGGGCUGGCAUUCGUGGCCGCCAAGUUUGAUGGCAUUCUUGGCAUGGCAUUCGCCAGUAUCGCCGUGGACGGGGUGACGCCGGUGUUUGACAACAUGGUGAAGCAAGGCCUGGUGGCGCCCGUCUUCAGCUUCUACCUCAACAGGGACGCAUCGGCGGCGCAGGGCGGUGAGCUGGUAUUGGGAGGCUCGGACCCCGCUCACUACCGCGGUCCGCUCACCUACGUGCCGCUCUCCAAGGACACCUACUGGCAAUUCCAAAUGGACGGCGUUCUCGUCAACGGAUCCAGCUUUUGCAAACGAGGUUGCCAGGCCAUCGCGGACACGGGUACCUCCCUGAUAGGCGGCCCGGUGGAGGAGGUGGCAGCCCUAAAUGCCAAGAUCGGCGCGACGCCGAUGGCGUUCGGUCAAUUCGCACUGGACUGCUCCCUGAUCCCUCGCCUGCCGCCCGUCACCUUCACCAUCGCCAACCAGAAGUUCACGCUGGAGGGCACCGACUAUGUGCUGCGGGUGUCUCAGUUCGGUAAGACGGUGUGUCUGUCCGGCUUCAUGGGGCUGGACAUCCCGCCGCCGGCCGGUCCGCUGUGGAUCCUGGGCGACGUGUUCAUCGGCCGUUACUACACGGAGUUCGACGUCGCCAACCGACGCAUCGGCUUCGCGCCCGCCCUCUAGAGUCCAGACGAUCGAAGACGUCACAUUUAUCAUUUGUUUAUACUUAGAUGACUUUGUUAUUAUUGUGGAAUGUAAUAUACGUUCAGCGUUGUUUAGUCGCAUACAUUUAAAAGGUGUAAUACUUGUAGAUGUUAAAGUUUAUUUUACUUUUUGCGCUUGUUAUUAUUAUUACAAGCCUUGUUUAAUACUUCCGUCGGUCGGAGGCGACGCCGCUCUCUCUUUAGACUUACUCACGACGAGAUGUUUUGCACUUGACAAAUAAAAACUUUCACACCA